AUAUAUUAUAUUUUAUCGAUAAAAAAGAAACAGUUCUCUACUUAAUUAUUCUAUUGAAGACGUAGAACAGAGUAUGGAAAAUUUCAAUAUUAAUAGUAAAAGAAAUCUUUUUCAUUAUUAUGACGUUACAACUUCACAAACAUGGGAUAAUGAAAACCCUCUUAAACAAUGUUCCAAUAUUUGUACAGAAUCAUAUGUUGCUUCUACCAAAAUGGAUUUACUAAAGACACCAAUGAUAAAAAAACCUUUAUUGAUACCUACAGCACCUAAAAAGAAAAACAAGCAAUGGAAUAGGAAUGGAUUAAAGCCCAAAAAAUUAACUUAUAAAAAUGAAAUCGAUGAUAGGGAUAGUGGUGUUUUUUUAGAAAAUAGAAGUUAUCGAAAUAGUUCUGGAUAUUCUGAGAUAUGUAGUACUAUAAAGUACAAUAUAUUUCAACAAGAGAAUAAAGAAACAGAAAAAAUACCUAAUACAAAAGGAUUAAUACAAAAUUCCAAUAUAUCAUUACAACCUAGAGUCACCAGAUCUAUGACAAAAAAAUUACAAUUGUACGAUAAAAAUAAUGAAAAUAAUAUACAAGAAAUACAGGGAAUAAUAGAAACACCUAGAAAUAUAAGAAGUAGUACAACAAAAGCUAUAUGUAAUAAAAAAUCAAGUAAUUUUAAUAAAAAGAAACCAAACUAUAGUGAGGGAAAAGAAUAUAAAAUAAAUGAUUUGGAUAACAAAGAAAAUGAUCACAGUAUGCAAAUAUUGUCUCAAUACAAUGGCAACGGAACAUGGAAGGAUAUGUUACAAUGGUUACAACCACGUCGAGACGUAGGUAUGUGGGUAGAAUGUUGUAGACAAAAUUGUAAAAAAUGGAGAUAUACUACAGAUUAUCAUGAUCCGGUAGCUGUACCUGUUAAAUGGUACUGCGAAAUGAAUUCUGAUGUGAAACUAGCGUCAUGUGCUAUUCCAGAAGAACCUAAACCCAAAGAAAUAGAAAGAGAUUUGAUAGAAAAUAAAUAUAAUGCUGGAAGUAUAGUAUGGGCAAAAAGAAAUACUUACUUAUGGUGGCCUGCGAUGGUAGAUGAUUGUCCUAUUACAUUUAGAUAUUAUGAAUUAAAAAAAAAUUCUAUUAUUCCUGUUAAAUAUCACGUGGUGUUUUUUGAUCUGAAUGAAUUGACACAUUCGUGGGUUAUAUGCAAAAGUAUUAAACCAUUUUGUAUUGACAAGAAUAAUGUAUUUCUUGAAAGGGCUUCUAAAAUCAAAAAAUAUAAAAAUAAAAUAAAAGAAAGUUAUGAUUUAGCUUGUAGCGCUAUUCCUAUGACCAUUUUGGAAAGAUUAAAAAGAUUUAGUUUUUUAGCUCUACACGAGUCUGAAAUAACAUUAACCAAUAAUGGGAACAAAAUCGCUUCUACCAGUAAUUACAAAAAUAGUGUUACAACAAAUGUUAAAAUGGUAACACGCAAUGAUAUUAAAAGAUCAAAUGCAGUAUCUAUUUCAAAUUUAUUAAAUUUAAUAGAUGAUUUGGAUGAAAUUAUUCCGAGUUCUCAACCAAAACUCGACGCUACCAUUCGAUCAAAAAAAAAGAAAUUAAAUAAAAAAUAAUUAAUCCAGUUAAAUAAUAUAAAAAUUAAUAUAAUAUUUUAUGCUAUGUGAACACAGAAGUUGUAAAUUUUACAAAUAGAUCUUAUAUUUUAGUUACUUUAAUUCUGGAAAAAGGACAAAAAAAUUAUAUGUACAUACGAUACAUGUAAAUUUACUUGAAUCCUCGAUGAUUUUCUAAAGCAAUUACUUCUUCGUGUUCCAUUUCUAUUAUCAUUAGAAGCAUAAAUAAUACUUUUCAGUUUUAUAAGUUUGUAUAAUACAAUACUUAAUAUUACGUGACUAGCGACAAAACAAAGUAACUAUUACAUCAUAAAUUGGAAAGAAAUGAAUUCAUGUAAACAAAACAAAAAAUAAAAA